AUGACAACAUUCAAAGGAGGAGAUAGUCCCAUGAUGAAGCUGGCAGAGACAAAAAAUACUGGUUUUAAUCCUAGAAGUCCAGCUGACACAGUAUAUGACUGUAAUACGCCAACUGGACAUCCAGUUGUUAAUGCAAAGGAUAAUGCAGCAGCUGGGGAAGCUUAUGUGCUGUCUAGAGCUAAAGGAGAAGACGUAUCUGCUGUUGAAGUGGAGGAUUUGGAAAUCAAAGGAGCGCUGCCAACCAUAACUGUGCGUGGGUUUUUAAAUUUCCGAACUACGGUUGACAACACUGUUAUUGUGUUCACGCCUGCUAAAUCUGAUAAUACAGAUAACUUACCGUCCUCUUCCCGGACUACUCCUUCAUCAUCUCUGGCAACCACAGUAACUGAUAAUACAGAAAACUCAGAAAUACAGGAUUUGGAGUACACUCAAACACCUGGAAUAUUCAUAUCAGGUCAAGACCUGGAAAAUGCAGUAAAAGAUUCGUAUAGUCCUAAACCAGGACAUAACCUUGUUCCUUCGUUAGAUGACGCAUACACUGGACUCAGUCAGAGAUUUACUCCUGAACGCUCUAAGAAGGUGCACUCUUCAAGCACACAGGUCACGUCUACUGUUGCACAGCACAGUACUCCUUCUUUACCACAGUAUCCUACUGGUUUGGUAACAGUGUUAACAGAAAAAACUAUACUAAGCGAGACUACAAUUUUUUACGAGACCAGCGUCAUCGGUACUUUCAUUGAUGGAAAGUACGCCCAAAUUUUGAAGAGUACUUCCCAAACAAGUUCUUCAUCAUCAAGUAGCUCCAAACAUUCGACAACAGUCCGAAGUGAUGUAAAACCUUCUCCAUCGAAAGUCUUACAGCUUACACCCAGCGGCGCUACGUUAGUGGUGAAUAACAGCACAUCUCAGCUCACAAGUUCGAAGCCAAUUUCUACGACAGAAUCUCAUCAACUAGUUGAGCAUGCAGAAAUAAGGCAGAAUAAUUUUGACAGGAAAAAGGGCUACGAUGACGUCAGUAACACUGAUCUUCAGUCUUCCUUUAAGUUCUUGAACGCUGACCCUGAACAGUCAAGAAGUCCCACACAGAUCCUGGAGGCUCGACGUUCAAGUACCUCUAGUAGGCAGAAAUUUCAUCUAACCUCAUCCAAAGACAUAAGCGAAAAAAAUACUCUCCUUAGUGUACGAAGUUUGAGAAGGCCAACAGAGAGAUUUCGUUAUGUACCACGGCAAAGGAAUACACAUACCGUUCAGUUAAACCGAUUCAAAGUGAAGCUGAAUAGUCGCCCUGAUGAGCUUCUAGAAGAGGACAAUCUAGCAACAGAUGAAGAGAAAGAGACAGAAAAAGACGAGAAUGGUGCUGAUGAUGGUACUUUGAUUUCUGUGGACCCAGCACGUGUCAUUUAUGAAUUAGCAACUAUUACCAGUGAGGUUACAUUACACGUAGGUCGUCGCAAGUCUGUGCGAACUUUGACUAUUACGACUUCUCUUCAACGUACACUAGAACCUUCUGAGCUAGCAUCCUAUGAACUUGAUGCUUCAGAAGUGGCUGAUAGAAACAAAGCAAUAGUGUCAACAGACGGCUCUUCAUACUACGUGAUUUCACGUACCUACUCCAUCACUGAACACACCUUACGCACUUCGUUGGUUCCUGCUUUGAAUGUGGAAUAUACUACUAUGCAUACAGUCACCGAAAGCUUCUUUAUACGGAAGAUCAUUACAGCUUAUCGCACUUUACCGGCAAAUGACUUUUUUCUGCUAAAAGAGACAUUGGAAUCAGAUGUUGGACAAUUUUUUAACUCCAGUGUAGAAGAUGAUUUUCAGGAUGAUACGUUUCCACUUCAGUCGACAUCCCAACAACAAAUGUUUCAAACACCACUUCCAAACUCUCCCCUUCUUCAGACAUCUAACUUGGAUUCGUCAAUGCUUUCGCUUUUAAGUUCAAGAAACCUGCCCUUACAGAUUUCCAAUCCUUUGCUCUCAAUAGGGGCUGCAUUAAACCAAAAUCCGCUUGCAGCUAUGUAUCUAGGCUUGCAACAGCUGAAUCGUCAAGUAACUAUGUAUUCCACAGUUACAAAGGCAACGUCUUAUGUAACUACUGAUACUGUGUAUAGCACAAAGGUUAUUAGGUUCUACGACGGUCGAAUUACACGUUCCAGGACCUUGUCUGAAUCUCUCUCCACUAAAAUUCGUACAAUUACAACGUUGACUACAGCUGUUCAGCCUAUUAUAAACAACCAAGCAGCUCAGCAACAAAAACAGUUGCAACAGCUGAUUGGUACUAAACUCCAAUAUAGCAUAGUGACGUCGUCAUAUACGACUAUCACUACAGCUACCAGUACUAGUACUCGCAUAUACACACUAAUUUACAAUGCUUUUAGCACCAAAUAUCGUACUGUAACCAGUACCAGCCCUUAUGAGACAACUAUUACUACUUAUAGUACCUCUGAAAUUCCAAUUUCUGCCACUACUCAACCUAGUGGUGGAUCUCAAUAUUAUAAGUAG